ACUAAUUAGGGAAGUAGGCUUGAAGAAUACUGACUAUUAUGGAGAACAAGCCGCUGCACUGACACGCGGUGGAAGAUCUCAGUUUCAGACUGAACUCUCAGUAGCAGUUUUUGAUUAGGUGUGGAAUUGCUAGAGCUCUGGAGAAGAUGUUGGUGCUAAGCUGUUCUACCAAGUUACUGAUACUGGAAAAAAUGUUGAAGAGUCACUUUCCUGAAUCACUCAAGGUUUAUGGAGCAGUGAUGAACAUAAAUCGUGGGAAUCCCUUCCAAAAGGAAGUGGUGUUGGAUUCAUGGCCAGACUUCAAAGCUGUUAUCACCCGGCGGCAGAAAGAGGCUGAGACAGAUAACCUGGACCAUUACACUAAUGCCUAUGCUGUAUUCUACAAGGAUGUUAGGGCUUACCAACGGCUGUUGGAAGAAUGUGAUGUUAUCAACUGGGAACAAGUUUUUCAAAUACAAGGGCUGCAGAGUGAGUUACAUGGUGUUUCCAAGGCUGUGGCUGAGUCAAAGCGGUUGGAUGUAAAGCUCAGUUCCUUCAAGGCCGUGCACCUCCCGCCUGUUUCAGCUCUGCCAGACACCAGUUCCCUAAUGGGGUCUUCUCCACGACUAACCUACCUGAGUGUUGCUGAUGCUGAUCUACUCAACCGGACUUGGUCGCGGGGUGGCAAUGAACAGUGUCUCCAAUACAUCGCCAACCUCAUCUCCUGCUUCCCCAGUGCGUGUGUCCGUGAUGACAAGGGAGACCCAGUCUCUUGGUCUCUCACAGACCAGUUUGCCACCAUGUGCCAUGGCUAUACCCUGCCAGAGCAUCGCAGGAAAGGUUAUAGCCGGCUGGUGGCACUCACACUGGCCAGGAAGUUACAGAGCCGAGGAUUCCCCUCUCAGGGCAAUGUCCUGGAUGACAACGUGGCAUCCAUAAGCCUCCUGAAGAGCGUCCAUGCUGAGUUCUUGCCUUGUCGUUUUCAUCGGCUCAUUCUCACCCCUGCAACUUUCUCUGGCCAAGUUCACCUCUAGCCCAUAAAACACUAAGAAUUUUUGUCCUUUCACUAAACAUACACACAUUCCUUAGCUGCCAAGAAGGGGAAAACUAAAACUGCAAUCAGGAGAAUCUUGGGUUGUUGAAAAGGGUCUGGAGAAAACAUGCCGGAUCAGCCUGAGCCUUUACUCUCCCCAUCUCAGGUUUGCACAGUAAUAACUGGGGCAGUCAGAGGUAGCUGUGGCUGAGAAGAGAGGAUAAUGAUCUUUCUUGGGAUCCACUGCAGGAAAACGAUUCUAAAGCCAGCAGCUCUUAGCACAUAGCAGAUGUGACUGCAUGAGAACAAAUGAACUGCUUUAUGAUUGCUGCUUGGGCUUCUGCUCUGCAUUCUCACAGUCACACCGCUUCCCUCCUACCAUAAGUAACACUCCCUGUGCUCGCCCAUGCUGUGUCUGCCCAAACUCGGUCCCUACUGCCUCUACCCGAGUUCUCUGUAGAAUAUCAGGCUUUUUCUCCUCUAGUUACUGGCUCCCCACUUCUGCCUAUGACUGGCAGGUAGUUACUCCCUGAGAACGUCUGAUUGCAGUGGUUGUCACAUUUUAGUGCACUUUAGACUCACCUGGAGGGCAGGUUGCAACACAAUUGGCUGGGCCUCUCCCCCACAGUCUCUGAUUCGGUAGGGCCUGAGAAUUUGCAUUGCUGACAAGUUCCCACUGCUCAGUUGCCUCAGAUGGAGGAUAUGGGCAUUUUAAAUGUUAGAAACACAUGAUGUCGGCAUAGGAUUGGACCAUCUUACCUAUCACCGAUUCCAGCCUCUGUUUGUAAUCUACUUUCUCAUAAGAAGCUAAAGAUGCAUAUAUAGGUGUGAAUGUGGAUGUGCUAAUGCACAUAUAGACGUCUAGUCAUCCCUCUGUAUUGGUGGGGGAUUGGUUCCAGGAACUCUUGGGGUGCUAAAAUCCGCAGAUGCUCCAGUCCUUUGUAUAAAAUGGUGUAGUGCAAUGAAAACAGUCAGUUUCCCCACGGUUGGCUGAAUCUGCGGAUGCAAAACCCACAGACACAUAGGGCCACUGUACUUACAUACUUAACAUACACCCAUGUAUAUGUACAUUCCUUUCAUAUUUUCUAUAUGCAUAUGUAUAUACUCAUAAAUUUUGAUAAGAUAAUGAACUUUAAUUCUCUUAUUACAUAUGAAGAGUUUGAGGACCAGGGAACAUAAUGACUUUUUCAAGAUUGUGUAGGGGGCCAGCCUGGUGGCACAGGGGUUAAGUCUGCACAUUCCACUUCAGCGGCCUGGGGUUCACAGGUUCAGAUCCUAG